CGAGCCGAACGGCACAUUUUGUUUCGAGAAACGCACGCGAAAGCACGUCUCCACAAAGAUAUCGUACCAGCAUUGCAUGGUGAUUAUUCGAGUGCCCACCUCUACACCUUUACGCACGGACGAACGAGAUUUGGGAUAUCAGCAGAAGCAACGUUGAUUACCUUUUUGUUUGCUUUAUAUAUCUGUGGUGCAGUGAAACAGUGGUGUAAUUGAAAGGGUACGCGACUUAUAACGGCCAAAGUUUAGUGACUAUAAACUGUGGUGUAUAGUGUGCCUCCGUUUGAAUAAGACCCUGGCAGUUUUUUUCUUCGUACACCAACCGGUCAGCGAAAAGCGCCACCAUCGGUUAAAAGUAAUACCAUUGAGUGUGAAAAAUGGCGACAACUGUUUGGUCGUCUACAAGAUCACUAAAAUUGUACAAGCAAACAGCAUCUAGUUAGUGUUCGAAACAAAUUUUGCAUAACUUAAACAUUUAUUUUUUCCACAUAACUACUGUGUUUGCAAAAAGUUUACAAUGUCGAUGGAAAACGUUGGAAACCCUGUGAAAAGUGAAAAUUUGCUUGCGAAGCAAAAUGACGUCGAACCAGCACAAUGUUCAGCCGUAGCGCCGACUGAAGCGCUUCGUGUGGAAGCCGAGAGUACUACGUCUUCGGAAGCACGAAAUGAUUUCACGAGCACUGCGACGACAGGAGAGCAGCCGGUGAUGGCAUCUCCAGUCGUCGCGACGACGAUGUUAGUAGAUGAGAACGAUUCUGCUAGUGUAAAUCAGUUUGACGGUGUUCCUGUAACUUCUAGCGCUGGAGGUUCUACUAGAUCCUCCAGCAGUGGGGGUGGUAAUAGAAAGGAUGCAUUAGGUGAAAAACGUCGUAGCUCUGGUGAAAGAAGUAGUAGCAAGCGGAAAACUCGUCGUGGCAAAACAAAACGUGGUAAGCGACCAUCAGGCUUGCGCGCACUAAUGGAAAGUCCUUGGAAAUUCCAAGUGCCCAAACUUAGGUCUGCUACCGGUAAACGAAGAUCUGAAGUGACGUUGGGAACCAUCGGUGGGGGUGUGAUUCCUCUGAUUGCUCCUCUCCGUCAAUUGGAUCAUCCACUGCUAGUGCCAUACAACACAAAUCGUUUUCUAAUGGAAGAUCAUAUGCCGCAUGUCUUAACUCCCUCAGGUAGAACUCGUGACUCAAGUUUUUCUAUAGAUUCAGAAGAAAAUUAUUUCUACUCACUACCAGAGGAUGAAGAGGAGUUUCUUACCAAGGAAUUCUCUAGUGUUUACGAGGAUGCCCGUUCAGAAAGGCUCGAAGGGUUGAGCAAGAGUCAACUAAUACAGGAGUAUCUUCAACUGGAAGCAAACUAUGAGCAAGUCACCCGACGGUACAAUACCAUCAAAUCGCUUACCGUCAAAGAGGAACAUGAGAGUGCUGGCAGUAACGCUACCACUACGACCAAAGAUACACCUGAAGGCAACUCAGAACGGCGGCGAUUGGAAGACAGAAUACGCGAUCUUACUGCAGAAAAUCUUGAGUUGCGGCGACAGCUGGAACAUGCUUCCCGUAUUGGGAUGAUCCUAUCUGCCAAGUCUUCACCAAGGAACAACUCUAACCAAAUCGAGCGAAUGGAUAGCUCUUCUGACGAGGGAACAAGCAGCGAAGAUAGUGAGUCGGAUAGUUCCACAUCAACUAGCUCAAGCAGUAGUGAUGAAGAAGGUGAUGCUGCAGAUUCGAAUAGCAAUCGUCGGUGUAACUCCAGCAGUAUGAGUGAGGAUGACGAAGAUGUUGCUCACGAUCCAUCACAGGAAGCUGAUAGACAAUCCCUUGUGUCCCUGGUGGUGGAAGAUACCGAACAAGUGCAACUAAAUGGCAUACAGGAGGAAGAUGACUGAGCUUUUAUUUUUAAAGUUUAUGGCAUUAGUCCUCGUUCACUAACUAAACUGCUCGACUUUUGACUUUGACUUAUUUUUCUUUGUUGCUUCAAACUAAGUUAUAAUCAUAAAAGUUAGUCAAACUUAGAUAAGCAACUACAUUUCUCAAUAUUUGAGAGAGAUUCUUUCGUAACAUCUCGGUCAUACUUUUCGUUACAUUUUUCGCUGUUACUUUUUUAUUUCAUCCCCUAAUUAAAAAUCUUUACACAUAAAUCACAGUUAUCUAAUAUAUUUAAAAAAAUUCUCGUUCAGUUUUUCGUUCGUCGCACUGAUCAUUUUGUUCAAUGAUAUAUUGUAAAUUGCAAACUGAAAAAAAAUUCACAAAUUCACACAAAGACGCAGGCCGCUGCGACAAAAAUGAAAAUGAUAUGUGAUUUCUUGAGUAAAUAAAAGCAAAACGCUCCUUAGGAUUAAAAAUGGGAGUCUAGCGAUUAAAAGGAUACAUUUUAUAGAGAAUAGCAUUAACACAACAAAAAAUUGUAAUUGGAUAUGUGAUGACUCUAAAUAAGAAUUGCAAAUAUUUUUGAAACAUACAAAAAUUUAUCAAUCACGAAAACCAAAAACAAGAAAAACCUCGACGAUAUCAAUUUAGUUAUUUUUGUUAUUGCUUUCUUUCGAUAGAAAAUUCGAAUAUGUACUCUGAAGACAAAACAACAAUUAGUCGAUAGCUUGCGACAAGCAAUUUUCGAAAUAAUGCUAAUAUUUUACGAAUGUUUUAUAUCCGUAAUGCAGGUGAGUUUAGGUAUACUUAUAACGGAAGGAAGAACAAUAAUACAACGUUGAUUAAGGACGUCGAAGGACGAUAUUUAAUGUGUGUUUGGAUAGUGCUAUCCGCCAACGCUAUUCUACAUUUCUGAACUAGUGCUUUUUCUCAUUAUACACAUCAGGCAUGCAUUAUAUUCUAUAUUAUAAUAUGAUAUUUUGACUUGUAUUAAGUCAAUAUUGGUCGAAUGGAAAUUAAUUUUUGGGAUAAGUGUUGUUUAAAAAAAAAAACAAUGUAUCAUUAAUAAACUCAAUCUUUUCAAGAGAUUCAAUUAUAGGCAGUGAAUUAUCACAUGAUAACAUGAAGAACGUAA